CUUGCACUGUAUGCCUUUCGACUUGUUGUGUUUUCUGUUACUCCAAUCGCCAUCUUGUUGCCAGUUAAGUAAUGUGUUUCUGAUGAAUUUCGGGAGCGCCCUGGAUGUUUUAUGACUGUCUUUGGAAGCCAGUGGAUUAUAUUGUGAUUUAACCCACACAUAUAUCUGUACCGGGGGCUUGCAUACAUUUUUUAACGGGAACGUAUUGUAUCGGUGUUCAAAAUGAGUAUCGAUACUCUAUUGGAAGCGGCCAGGUAUUUGGAGUGGCAAGCCCAGCAACAACAGAUUACACGUGAGGAGGAGGAGCGGCGAGAGAAGGCCUUGCUGUCCCGUGAGGCGGAGCAGAAGUUCUCCACCCCCAUUAUCCAGUCUGUCCUAGUUAACCAUGUGACCUGGGCCGACAACAUCCCACCACCUGUUCCCAUAGCUGUCAUUCCUAUCCCGGUGGUCCCUGCCAACCCUGCGGCCCCUCCCAUUCAGACUGCUUCGUCCCUUCACACAGCCUCCCCUAUGCCAGUGGUCACACCCUUGGCCACAGCCCUGUCCCCACCAGCAGCCCCCCUCCUCAGCCCCAAUGGCAAGGAUGCCCACUCCCCUCCACAGCAGCAGCAGCAGCAGCAACAUCCUCACUUGAUCGCACACAUAAAAGCAGAAGCUAACAGCUUGCCUCUGUCGAAUAACAGUCCCAAGCAGCAACCGCAGACGCAACAGAUGCAGGCACUUUUGCAACCAUAUCCAGCCCCCAUCAUCACAGCCCAGCCUUCACCACAGCAACUCGCCCUCCUGCCCCAGCCAGCACUACCCCAACCUCAGCCCACACCGGCCCAGGGUCAGGCAGGUCAACCGCCCAGGCCUAACGGAGCUGCUGUGGAAGAGCCACGCAGCCUGGAUGGGAAAAGGAGACCUGGAGGGGCUGGAACUCGAGAAGUUCACAACAAGCUGGAAAAGAACAGACGGGCACAUCUGAAAGAAUGCUUUGACACCCUCAAGAAGCACGUUCCUAAUGUGGAUGAAAAGAAAACUUCCAAUUUGAGUGUCUUGAGGAGUGCGCUCCGCUACAUUCAGACUUUGAAACGGAAAGAAAAGGAGUACGAGCACGAGAUGGAGCGCUUGGCACGGGAGAAGAUCGCCACUCAGCAAAGACUCGCAGAGCUGAAGAAUGAGUUGAGCCAGUGUAUAGACAUCAUGGAGAUCGACAGACUACUCCGACAAACUGUCCAACCGGAAGAUGAUCAGGCCUCCACAUCAACAGCAUCGGAGGGUGAAGACAACUUCGACCAAGAUGUAGAUGAUGACAUCCUCUCCUCCCCGCCCUCGUCUUGUGCGGCCAAACCGUCUGCACCGGCGCCGUCAGAGCCCCGCGCUGCCAUGCCUCCACCCUCCAUUCUCCCUACACAUAUCUCCAUACAACACAAACCCACCACACCAACCUCCGCUCCACCCAAUCAACCCCAGCCCACAGUGGUCACCCCUCAAGCCAUCGCCCCUGCGCCCCCUUCCCACAUCAUUUCCCCUCCUCAGCCAACAGUCAUCACCCACGCCUCCGUAUCCCAUGCGUCCGUCAUCCAAGCGGUCAACCACGUCAUCCCAGCUGGGCAUAAACAUCUGGCGCACAUUGCGCCCUCUAGUGGCGGCCAGCCUAUCAGACACAUCACCGUGCAUCCCGUGGCCCACCUCCCCGCCGCCAUUUACCCGCAGUCGGUGGCCGUCUCGCAGGCGGCAAUGGUGGGGCACAUCACGCACACGUUGGCGCGCCACCCGCACACUCACGCCCAAGUUAACGGCACGCCGGUCACAGGCCAGCAGGCCACCAUCGUGGGAAAGCCAACGGCCGUGGUCGCUCACCAUCACACCGGGCUGGUGGGCCAGACUGUGCUCAAUCCGGUGACUAUGGUAACUGUUCCUCCUUUUCCCAUCAGCACGCUAAAGCUAGCCUGAAGAAAAGAGAGGCUGCACAGAACGACUUCCAUGAAUGGAGGUCUCACAAAGCGAGAGCAAGAGAGACUAAAGACGAAGAGCUAAUCGCGAAAAGGAUGACUAGAUCCUGUUCAGAAAAUCACUACUGUCACUCCUACACGCCAGGACCUCGUCAGGAUCGGAACGUGUCCUCUUUUGCUUGUAGAAGGGGCUUGCGUGUCUUUUGCCAUGCAGCGUUGGAAUGAAUUUCAUGUAAUGCACUUGCAAAUUCGAAGACAUUGGUCAGUCUUUAGUAAUGUGAGAGUGGAGUGCUAAAACAAAUCAAUUCAUAAUUCUUUCCCUCGUGUCCUUUUUUUCUGUAUGCAAAUUAUCUCGCGCUUUACAUUCAUUCACCAAAAAAAAAUCUCCACUUUAUUCAAAAACGAGUGCUUAAAGGUCAGUACUGAAAGCAUGCAGAAAAACGUUUACUGUGUAACUAUAUUUUGGGGGCUUUUAAAACUCUUCAUACGGGGCUUUUGACUAAAAAAAAAACAGGUACAUUCAGACUCAGAUCAGGUUUCUCAAAGUGUCUUUGUACUUGCGAGCAAAUGUAAGUGCCUAAGCCCCAAUUCAAGCCCAGUGGCGCCACCUGCUGCCUACGCGAUGCAACAACAACAACAUUGCUGAAUAUGAAGCGCAAGCGCAUUAGACUGCAUUGACCUGACCUACAGUCACAGACAUCUGUUGGCAAUCAAAGUCUUAAAAAAAGUUUCGAGGCGAAUGGGUUGUAAGGAAACUCAACCAAUAUACAAUUCAACAUCUGAGAAAGACAUGUAUUUGAAAGUACAUUAAAGCAUUUAUAACAAGUGCUCAGAUGUUUAACUUAAUAAUACUUCGUAAUACUUGAAUAACGUUUCAAAUGAUUAAAAACGUUACUUACGGCGUGUGAUAGUCGUGCAUUUCCGUUUCUUCAAAGCAGCAGUUACCAAUGUUCUCGUGCUUGUAGCAACACGAUGAAGAACGUCGAUAGAAGUCUUAGAAACUACGUUAACGUCACGCCGCGCGCACGUUCAUAGGUGGCGUCCAGUGUAAAUCGGUGCUGUUGUGUGUCCAUUGUACGUUCAUCGGCGCACAGCCAUUUUUCAUUACUACGCGUGAUUGUGUAAAUUGUCGUGAAGUAGGCGCUUGUUAAUAAGCAUUUUAGGAGGUUAAAACAUGCUGUUUCAGGACAAAACGCCCCUUUGCCAAUAGCAGUGCUUCUCAUAAAGUCGGCCUGCCAUUCUCAAUGCACUCGCUUGGUUGAACCUGCACAAAGUUAGCCAUCUGACCGUUUCCUUAUGUAAACUUAAUGGGUUGCUGUCGAUGGUUAGGUACACCACGUUGUUGCAUUUUUACUGUCACUUUCAAACGGAACACUGUGAUUCCUGGUCUUAACAUCCUCUUUCUGCUGCAAAAAAAAUAUUGAGGUUUGGAUUUGACUUCCUUUUUCUUUUUUUGGGGAUGUGAAGAUGGAAUGAUACAUGCUGUGCUUCACACUCAGUUAAAAA